AUGCCGAAAGAGAGCCGUACUCACAAAGUACGGUCUAAUCCUGGUAAAUCGAAGCCCCUCGCAGGAUCGGCUGAAUUAUUUGCUCUUGGAUCGAAAGAUUCCGAACAUUUGAGGCCAAAAGAUGCUACGGGAAGCCCAUCUAGUUCCAGCAAGCAAGCAGCGCCCGCAGGCCCACCAAAGUUGAAAUCCAGUAAGGAUCAAAGAUUACCGACUUCAUCGAGCAGCGGUGGUGCGUCCGCGAGUAGUACUGCUGGACUCGAUUUUUCUCGUCGUGUGGAAUUGAAUCCUGCCGGAGAAUCUCUGUGGGAGGAUACAGCGAAGGAGGUAGAUCCCGUCGCGCUCGUUCAUACUGUGCUCGAAGAUGAAGAAGCAAGCGAUGAAAGAAUUGAAUCGGUUUUAUGUGGAGCUGCGAAACAGUUGCGGAAUUCCAGAAAUGGCAAGCCUGAUCCCAUGCUCUCCGUCGCGCUGAUGGUGAUAGCCAAAGCUGAGCCUACUGUUUUUCGAUUUGAGAAUGUCCAAGCUGCUUUCGGGAGCUUGCUCCGUGUGCCUGAAAAUGCACCAGGAUCUGGGUCGACACCUUCAGCAGCAGGUUACAAAAGCACCAAAUCUUGCCUCGGUGUACUGGUGUCCAAUGUGUUGAUGAUGUCACAUAUGGAUACUGCGUCGUGGCCGGAAGAGUGGGUUUCUGGAUUCAUUGAAGACUCCUUAGGAGACAGAACUUGGGUGGAUGGCGAUGAAUGCAGAGGUUUCGUGCGAAAUUUGACGACAGCGUUUGGAACCCGCCUCCCGUCUGUGAAUUUAAAUCCGUUGGAGGGCUUUGAAGCUGAACCGGAAAUUGAUCCCGAACGAUUGGAUUCCGCAGUCCCAUGUGAGCACAAGCAUGUGCAUGUGCUCAAAUUUCAUAGAUUCAAGCAUUGCCAGAAAUCAGUUGGCAAGAUGACCGUGUCCGCAGUUGAUGCUUAUUUGAAUCGAAGACAGCCUUGGGAGGCCGUUGGACGUCAUGUGGUCAAACUUUUGAUUUCCGCCGCGGGUAUUCCUGGUAUCCGACUUACAGCCGCGUCAAAAAUCGAAGCUUGGCUGGGAAAUCCGAAAUUAUCUCGACUGGCUGGGGACUUAUUGCGUACCUUGGCCGCAAAUCUGAACCCAGUGACAGUGGAAACGGACAAGGAAGUGAUCACUAACUUUCUCCGCAUACGCCCUAAAGCGAAGCCCCAACUGAAUCAGUUUCUCGUGUGCAUCAAGGAAGCAGUCAGUCAAAAUCCUGAAAUCCUUGCCUACAUACUCAAACUUGUGUUCUACAAUGAGCUGUCCAACACAAGGAAUCCGAAUAACAUGCAGAUUAUUGCCACCAUCUUCCAAACAAAUUUGAGUCAAGCGACGGCUGUUCUUGCUGGUCUCUUCAUGGAGUUACUGAAGCAGGAAGAAGAUUAUUUGCGAGCAUUGAAGCUGCUGUUCAGAGAAAUUGUACGCGCUUUAAGACAUGAGUUCAGAUUUGCCGAAUUUGCUCGCGAGUUGUACACUGGCGGCUCUGCAUGGAGAGAUUUCCGAGCCUCGUCAGCAGCCCGAAGAGAGAGAGUUUUUCAUGGGCUUGUUGAAAUCGGAGCCCUAGCUAUUGUCCUAGCUGUUUCUCCAUCUGUUAAAGAAGCAGCACUUGCGAUGGCUAAGGGUGAGCGGCACAAGGAUCUCACUCCUUUGGUGAACUUCCAUCGAGAAUGCUCCGAAAUCCAGAGGGAUGCUGUGUAUUGGAUUCACACGCGUACAAAUGACAUCUUUGCUCCCUCUUCCCACGAUUAUGUGAGGGGUUUACACAAGCUAUUUUGGAUUGACCAGAAUGAUUUUCACUGGACGUUGGACAGCUGGCCUGCUGAAAACGAGAAAAGCAUUUUAGCUCGGAUUGCAGCCGAGAUCCCCGUGCUCGAGGAUACAUUGCUCAGAUUAACUGCGUUUGGAUACAGUAGGGAUCAUCCAUUCAAGGCAGCAGACGCCCUUGAACUUGUCGAUGCUCUUGUGCGCCGUUGUGCGGCGGCAAAAUCGGAUCUCCCGAUGCUGGUGAUGGAAAACACACAGUUCCCUGACUUGCUGUUCAAGCUCACUCAAUAUUUCCAUCCAGAAGGUACGAACUUUCCGGAAAAUUACUCCGCUCCCACCAUCGCGAUUGUGAGUCAUUACUGGAAAGCGUGGCAAGUGCUUGUCUUGGUAACUGCGCACAAUCCGGCUUCUUUUGGAGAGUUUGCAUACGAGGAAUUCCCGACGCUAGCACUUUUUCUUGAGAUGUGCAUUACGAAUCAGUUCUCCUGGUUGCCAGUUGGCGUCUUACCGCGAGAUAAAUGUGAGGAGCUUAGAGUGAAGGAAGCCCAAGCUGUAGCCUUCGAAAAACCAAAAAUGUUGGAGUAUGAGUUUUUCCUCGCUGGCAGAGUAGUUAGCGAAGAAUCUUCCCAGCUUUUGUCAACUGUGAUUACUCUUGACAUUCGAGGAUCCCCGAGGAAACCGCCGCAGCAAAUUUUGGCUCAGCUCAAAGCUUUGAAUGCAACAUUUAGGGUCGGGCAUUUGUUAUGCAGGAGCAGAUCUCCAGAUUUUUUGCUAAAAAUCCUCGAUCGUCAGCAAGCCAGCCAAGCUUUGCCUUGGCUCGGAGCUCUCGUGGAAUCGUGCGAGGGGGCUUUCGACAUGCUACCGAUUCCGUGUUUGUGCGAGUUUCUUAUGAUCGAUUCUCCCCAACAAAACCAAAAACCAACUACUCAAACGAGAAAGCAGCAAGUUGUUGCUCACUUGAGUUAUCUGGUGGAUGCUAGUGCGUUUCAGGAUAGUCAAGAUCAACAACAGCCGAUAGACUUGGAGGAAGAUGAACGCGCGGCAGAAAAUAGGGUUCGCGUUCUGGACUAUUUCUUUCAGAGACUUAGUUCCGAGCUAAGCAGCGUUAGAAAACAAGCUGGCGUUGUCUUAAACCUGCUGCUGCGUCAGAACAAUGGUGACGUGGGAAUGCCAGAUCAUCCCUCGUGGUGGCUCAUCAAAAAAUUGCCUAAAUCCAAGUACCUAGUUACGGUUUUACCGCAACUUACUCGUGCCCUCCGGCAGUGCGAUGUACGAGCAGUGAGUGCUUACCUUACGUUCAUCGCUGAAGAAAUAGUGGGUUUCAAAGGUGGUAAGUUGGCGUUGGCUGCGUUCACGGAGCUGAUGCUGGAUCUUGCCACCGUUGUUGUCGAGAGGAACAUCAUAAUCGAUGCAGUUUUAAAACCGAGUAAAAAGCGGAAAAAUUUGGAAGAACAACGCACUUCGCUUGAAGCGCUUCUCACCGUUUUUGCCAAGUAUUUUAGAGCUCAUUUCGAAGCGAGGAAAUCCAACAUCAGUCCCCCGGGUUCGGAAUCGAACGUCACGAUUACCUGGGUUCCCGCUGGAAAGUUCCCGGAUGUCGAAGUUCCUUUGGGUGUUCUACACGCUACGUUUGUUCUUUUGACUUACGGUCCUCCGCAUGGAGGAGACGCUUCGUGCUUUCAUGAGUUGUGUGCUUUGUGGUUUGAUUUGCACUGUCGUCCGAGUGCAUUUCAAGGCGCCGAAGAUGGGAUUGAAAACGAGAUAGCCUUGUUUCCAGACUGGUUGGCUUUGCGAAUGCUUAGAUGUAAUUUCAGUCAAGCUGCGGAUGCUGCUCUGGCAGGGAUAAAGGAUCCCGGUCGACUCGUGGUGUUUUUCCAAUCGUUCGGAGUUCCUGUUAACAACAUGUCGAAAUUACUUGCCGCACUGGAUGCCUGCGUUGAUGCUGAUCCGGACGCUGUUGCUGACGUGGUUUCGGAUGUAAGCCGGCAGUAUUUGCUGAAGCUGAUCGAAGCCCAGCGGGAACGCGGUGCUAUUGGGGGACAUGAAUUCAAAGCAUUGCUCUUGCAAGGCGGGGAAGAGAAGAUGGACACAGAGGCAGCUGUGGAGUUUAAUGUUCCCGUCGUCAUCGAGAGACGUCGGUUUCCUUUCGCUGAGAUCCUCGGAGUGUUCGAGCUGAAUAAGGGAGUCAGCCAGGAAAUGCUUAGAGCCUCAGCAAUGCGGCUCUUCGACUGUGAUAAUUUGCUCAAGUGGACCCCAACUGAGAAAAGGGCUGCGCAAGCUAGCUUCCAAAAAGCCAUUACGCUUGAAAUAAUGCUCUCAAAGCGUCUCAAUCCCAAGGAAUUCCCCGUCCUUACUACAGUGCUGGCUGUGAUCGAAAGCGCACUUUCAUCUGCUGCCCCUGAAGCUCGUCGAUCGCUUAUGAAAGCUUUCAGAGACCAGGAAAUCCCGACUGCUUGCUUGUUCAACUUGCUAGCCUCCGCGAAGAACGAAGUAAACGACGACCGCAUCGUCAACACUAUGAACCGUGUGUUCCAUUUGGCAAAACCUCGAGCGUCGGACGAAGUCCCUGUUUCCGGGGUUCUCGCCAGAGCCUGUGAUCCUGAUCUUGCCUUCGGGGCGUCGUCGGCAAUUUCAACGUCGCCACGACGGGUUCGAUCGAAACUACCUCCGAAUGCCACUCCGGAAAUUUUGGAAUCUGCGUAUAGGACAGCUUUAAAAUCCUGUUCUGAUGCCAGUGCGGAAACUACAUUGGCUGCCUUUGUGGAAGACGCCAUGUGGAGGAACGAUAGUCGACCAUUGGUCAAUGCUGUCGCGUCGUUGCUGGUGGAUGAAGAGUCCCCAAACAAGGUCUCCAUCCUUGUGGAUGUACUGCCAUCUUUGGAUCCAGAGCUCGGAUCCACGGAAGCCAUGCGGAGUGUGCUUUUUGCCAAAUGGCGAAGAGAAACUGGCGUUAGACCUCAGGCGUAUCUUUUGUCGUUGCUCACACAUCAAGCAUCAUAUGGGACCCUAGCUGAAACGAUCAGAGCUGUUCUGUUGCCGAACCAGAAUGCCUAUGACCCCACAUCUGUCCUGGAUUUUUUAACUGCUUGCGUUUUCGUGCCAAAGUUGUGGCAAGGAAGACCGAAGUCAGUUCCGAGGCGGCUGAGGCCUGAUGAUAUUUUAGGGCUUGACUGUGAGCAACUGGGACGACUGUGUGAUUAUGUCAUUGAGGAAUGCGAUGCGGGUGGCUGUGAUGAGCGAUCAAUGAUCAACCGUAUGAAUUUACUGUUGCGUUGUUGUCGUCGCCAUAACAAGGAGUAUGGUGACGAUUUUGAAAGAUUGAAGUUCAUCGUGGACCGACUAUCUGCGUACGAAGACCACACCAGCAGCGUUUUCAAAUUGCUUUCAAUCGUUUAUUCCAAGCGACCGCUCGGCGUGGCUGACUGCGUCACGAGACGCGUUGAAGAUAAUUUAUCUUGGACUGCUUCACCCGGUUGUUCUCCGUACGACGUGGUCGUACAUGUAGUUAUCACUUCCUUGGGUGCUUCCACUCAGCGAGGCAAAGAUUGGGUAGACAGGCUCGGGGUUUACGAGGCAGCGUUGCGAAGAUUGGCGGUUCGGACGCCGGCUUUGGUUCUUCGCCAAUUUCCGUUAUUGGCUGCCACUUUGCGGGGCAGAACCGUGAAUCAGAAGUUCGUGCAUUUCCGGAUGAGCCACAAUUUACGGCUUUUCCAGCUGGUGAUGGACCUGAUGAGCGACGUGCUCACGCCCCACGUUUUUCAUCCUUCUCAUGCUGUGGCUGUGCUUGACGUUUGUCAAACGUUCGGGCAGGUGUUCUCUACGUUUUGUGACGAAGGUGGAGAGUUGUUGGCUCCAUUGGCUUCACAGUUUUCUAAUUUUCUGGAGCGUUAUUUGUCUGCGGAUGCCGUUUCGGCUGUGAAAGUAAUGGAUGAACUGCAUGGCGUCUUGGUGAACCUAGCAGCGUUCUAUCCGGAUCUCAGAGUCAUCGACGAUAUGUUGUUCAUUUCUCGUUCGCUGCCAGCUCCUGACGCCGCGAGGCGAUCCGACAUAGGCACUUGGGUUCCGAGGCCGGAUUUAGGAAACAGGACUGAUCGUGGAUCCGAAACCUCGCCUGCGUACGUGAGAUCCAUUGUAGACGAGAUGACGAAAGGAUGGGACGACGCCAUCAUAUUGUCGAAUUGUCUUCGCAAGCUUGAAUCUGUUUCCUCUGUGGACUCUCGGUCGUCUUCCCUUCUCCGCCCUGCGUUGGACACGUUGCUGCGAUUGUGCAACAGCAAUUCUACACGGCAGCUGCGAACAACCGCAUUGAAUCUCCUCAUGGAUUGCGUUCGAACUGCCAGCGCAGACACGGUUGAUAAAGUUGUCAAAGCUGUGGCUGUUCGAUUGUUGCGACCCGGUGAUGAUUUACUUUUCACCGACUCUUUGCUGCGAGUCGUGCCGGAUUUAGUGGCGGCUGCACCGAAUCGAGCCGGAGAGCUUUUGGCUCGCGGUGCUUUCAGGCUGGCGUUAUGUGGGUCUAAGGAAGCAGAGAAGGCGAUUAGCAAGUCCCUGUCGUUACUGUUCAAUGUGAAAGGAGCCUCUCUGGAUUCGGCCGGCAACGCUUCUGACCGUUAUGCCGAUAAUUAUUGA